GCUGUCUCAGGUAAUCUGAUACUUAGCAGUGCUUAAUUUUUAGAUUGAGUCAAUUGAACACUAUUUAACGACGUUAUCUUUCUCCACACCUACUGAGCAAAAAUGGACGGGCAUAUAUGUACAUUUAUUUUUAAGUGACUUUAACUUAUUUUAUGUCGACUUAUGUUAGAACCAAACCAGCAUAAAAUCCAAAUCCAAUAUAAGCCGUGCAUUAUUCAUAUAUAUAAAAAAAAACCUUAGCUUAUUUGUACUGCUCGUAGUGCAUCAACGUCCAUCAGAAUAAGAGAGCACUUUAACAAGGUAAUUCGUGGUAGACGUAACCAGUUAGAAUUCCAUUUCGACUUUUCCAUUUGUCGUGUUAUACAAAAAUAAACGAGGGAUGCUGAUAUCACAAAUCAUUUUUUAUGUAUGUAUCCCUUGUCAAAUUGAGGAUGCAAAAUAAUAAGCCUAAAGAAAUCGCGUUUAAUCGCCCUUUUUUAAAUAAAUAGUUUUAAUUAAAAUCCAAAACUUGCGAUAAGAAGUUCUACAUCGGCUCCAAAGGCAUGUGAUAAACUUUCCAUAUGUUUUUCGGAAUGCACUCCAUUUAUCAGCGUAGUGGACAAUAUUUUAAUAAAUUUAUUCAGCCGUCGCAGUCAUGAGCUGGAAGUCGCCUCUGUUGGUUUUUCUAGGCGUGCUGAUGACCCGCUGUCAAGCCGAAAAACCAUGCGUUGCUGUUAUGUGGAUUGAGCCUCGGGCAGUACUUGUCGGUGGAUCCAUCGAGGUGUUCUGCAGGUGUAUUGGCUCCACGGUGGUGGCGCAGGAUUUGAGCAUUGUUAACUGGUUGAACUACUCGGUAGCCACGCAGCCCGUUGAUAAAUUCACCAUCAAGUACAGAAGAGAGAAGGUCAAUAUGAAUUUUCACGUCGAUUGGCACUGCAGAUAUCAAGAAACGGAAGUGGGCAGGAUAGAGGUGUACAUAGUGCCACUGAUUCAUGUGAAGCAGUUGCAGUGCCGUGUUCACCCAAACGCCAGCGAAGUGACGUGCUACUUUAACCAGGCUGGAUUACCCGCUUGGGGUGGGGAAAAAAGCUACUUCUUGAGCGUAAAUCAAAUGGCGCGCGUUCAGUGCUUGAGAAAGUCUAGCGAUACCACGUUUCAGUGCCAAGGCAUACCCUUCAACGAAACAACUAAGCAAUACCAUUUAAAGCUUGAUAUGGAGUGCCAAGGUUACAGCCAGACCAAGGAGUUCCAUCUCGACUUCAAACAAGUACAAGCGCCGGAGUGGCCUAAGAAUAAGAUGCUUAUCUUCGAGCAGCACGGCAUACAUGUGGUUUGGUCAUACGAUUUUUAUUCGAACCAAGACCUGGAGUGGCGAGUGUGGUAUUUGCCCCGUAACCCUAAGAUUCAGAAGCAUCUUAUCCAGAGGAAAAUUAAAAAGGUGUCUAAUAGUUUGUCAAUUGGUAGGUACAUAAUUGAGAGUCCGUCCUACGCCUAUCAGAGCUACAGAUUGCGUAUCUCGCGCCGUUAUCCUCUUUGGGACUCUCCGUGGUCCACCGAGAUCGAAAGUCCCGACUUCGUCACCCCGGCCACAUUGCCCAACCGACCACCUGAGUUACUACCAAAUGGAUUUUUUUACGACCCGAAAAAGAGGGAUCUGUAUGUCUAUUGGCGUCAGCUGGACGAACUGGAGCUCAACGGGCCGAACUUUACUUAUAACGUGCUUACAGACAGGGGAAAGUCGGCAAUGAUUUUGAGCAACAACUCCGCUCUCUUUCGCUAUUGGGAUGCCGAAAAACCGGCUACAGUAGGCACUUGGAGCAAGAACUCAAAAGGGAGAUCGAUAAAUAGCAACGAACUGCAAGUGCCCAUUCUUACCAACUCCUUAAGGUAUCAACCCAGGGAUUUGUGGUACCACGAGGAUAACCAGACCAUCACAUGGCAGCCGCCAAUGGAGUUGGAUAAGCUCAUCGGAUACACCAUUUCCUGGUGCUCCGUCUCCAUCAACAGCUUGCAGAUCUGUGACGACCACGAGCUCAUCCAGUUUAAGGUCCUUGACGGAUCGCAGAACUGGUUGCAAUUCAACGGGUCCAUGGUGCUACCCAAUGUGGCUGUGGCUGCUAAUUACAUUGGCAGUGCCAGCGGAGGAAUGCAAUGGAUCACUCCCAGGAGGAAUGGUCGCGAAAACAUCGAAAAGUCCUCAGGACUAACUCAGUAUAUUGCGCCAACGGUCAUCGUCGUCUUGGUUGGACCGAUAUACUUCCUCUUUCGAAAGCUGAAACGCAUGGCCCAAAUCGAGGUAAUCGUUCCAGAUAUCCUAUUUAAAUGCGAUCGAAAGGCGGGAGGACUAAGCAGAUGUUCGGAUCCUCCCGAUGAAACCGUCGUUCCAGGAAACUUCUCCCCAAAAGCUGUAAUGAACAUUACGAAUAUACCUGCGGGUACUUAUGAAAAACAUGUCAUUAGGUUAGAUUACGUACAAAGUGGUACAUAUACUGAGAGCAAAUUAUAACUUUUGAAAACUGA